AUGGCCAUUGACAUCCGCGACAGGACAACAGAGUUUCAACACUCUGUGCUCACUUACACGAAAAGGAAUAAAACCCAACCAAAACCUGAAGUGAACAACAACCCCGUACGCAAGUCAGAGUUCCAACAGAAGGCCUCUGUGAUUGCACAUGAAAUUGCAUCUACUGCAGAGCUGCUAGCUAAGCUAGCACAGCUCGCGAAGCGCAAACCUAUGUUCAACGACAACCCGGUGGAAAUAGCAGAGCUAACUUUUGUAAUAAAGCGCAAGAUUUAUUCGAUUGAGCAGAGCAUGAUGGAACUAAGCAAAGUUAGCGGAGCUUCGACACCUAUACCCAUGCAACAUUCGAAGAACGUGAUGAACCUGCUCAAUACGAAGAUGAAGAAUAUCAGUGGUGAUUUCAAGAGCGUUCUGGAGCAGAGACAACGCUUGGAACUAGCCAACAGAGACAGAUGGGAAAAACUCAGUGCGCAGACGGGUGACGAAGACGGGUCGCGUCCACAGCAAGUACAGCAGACCUACAACAACUCGAAUCCGUUCAUGUCAUCGUUGGUGGAAGAGUCGAGCGGCGGUGAGCAACAGCUGGCGUUGCCCCAAGACUCGUCAAUGUUGCUGAUGGAGGAGCAAAAUGCAUCCAGUGCGUAUCUACAAGAAAGAAAUCGUGCUGUAGAAACUAUAGAGUCGACCAUUCAAGAGGUGGGCAACUUAUUCCAACAGCUAGCUCACAUGGUACAAGAACAAGGUGAAGUGAUUCAAAGAAUCGAUGCGAAUGUGGAAGACAUCGACCUGAACAUUUCAGGUGCACAAAGAGAAUUACUCAAGUAUUUUGACAGGGUAAGUAGCAACCGCUGGCUCGCGGUAAAAAUAUUCGCGGUUCUGUUUGUGUUUUUCCUCGUGUGGGUUCUGGUCAACUAG